AUGGGCUUUGCUGCCUCGCACAUCGCAUGGGCGCCGCAGAUCAAGCCGCUUUCGGGCACCGACAUCCCCAACAGCAAACGGAUAUCGAAGCAGCCUAUAACGGAUUCCGCUGCAGCACCAGUCACCAGCUCCGACGACAAUUCCGCCGCUCCUCCUGCCGCGCGCAUGGACGACCGGUCUGGAUGCAACGAAAAUGGUGACUGUACGGUUGCGGUGACAAUAGAGGGGGUGGACGCGCGGGGAGAUAUGCAAGCUGUGUCGGACGGUGGGCUUGAGCAAGCGGCUUUGCGGCAGGAGGAAGGGGGUAAGGAGCAGAGGGAAGCGGAAGGAGACGGGGAGGACGAAGAGGAGGAUUUGAUUCUCACAGGCAGGGAGGUUUGCGUUUUCGACAACCGAGGGAUUGGCAACAGCACGUGUCCCACCGACAAGAAUGCAUAUACAACUACGAUAAUGGCGAUGGAUGCGUUACACUUAGCGGAUCACCUCGGCUGGACGCAUUUCCACCUGGUGGGGCAUUCCAUGGGAGGCAUGAUCGCCAGUAAAGUGGCUGCCACCGCUCCCCACCGAGUGAAAUCUCUGGCGCUUAUCAGCGUCAGCGGCGGCGGCUUCGACCUUCUGCCCAGGCUUGACAGGCGGCUCUUCUCCGUGGGCGUGAGGAUGAUGAAGGCGCGUACGCCCGAGAUGAGGGCGCACGUGGACCUGGACACGCACUUCUCGAGGGAUUUCAUGGACGAGGUGGCUGGCGGCUCUUCAAGAAGAGACCUGCUGCACGUGGAGUACGUGCAGGUUCUGUCGGAGCCAGGGGCAAUGCAGCCGCCGCACGCAGCGAGCGGGCAUUUCAACGCGUGCUGGACGCACAAGCUGACCCGGGGCAACAUUGACAGAAUCUGCAGUGCUCGCAUCCCCACCGCCGUUAUUCAUGGAGUUGACGACAUCAUAGCACACGUCUCCCUGGGUGAGCGAGUGGCCAAGCGAUUAGCGGCAGUGGCUCGGUUCAUCCCACUCCUAGGGGCGCACAUGGUGGUGCGGGAGCGCACCCACGAGGUGAACGCGUGUCUGGAGGAGCUCUUUCACGCCGCGGAAACGCGCGUGCCGGUGGAGCAGUGGGUGCGGAGUCGUAGCGAUGUGGAUCUCCCUGGCUCGGCGCGCGAGCAGCACGAGAAGGCCAAGAAGAAGACGCUUGCUGCAAAAUUCAGGCACGAGUCUCUUAUGUGCUUCAUGACGUGCUGUGGUGUCUUUGCUGUACAUCCAUCGUCCUCCACUCUUCUAUGCUUCUUUGUCUCUCUCUAUUCUAUUGCGGUGCCUGUAUUGACCACUCCCUCUUUCCUUCUUACUCCAUCCUUAGCAUGCUCGCAAAGGCACCCUUCCUCACCCCUUUUCUCCUCUUUUCUCUAUACCUCCCUUACCCCAUCCCCGUUGUCACACCUACAGGGCUUUGCUGUGGAGCUUGUUUCUCCCCCUGUACCUCGUGAUCUGCCAGCUGCUGUCAUGGCCGUUACCUGA